GUGGCUCAUCCACAUUUCCUUCCCCUUGUUCAUGGCAUAGAAUAUACCGUCCUUUCUUUUCUUCACCAAACACUCACGUGAUGGCGGCAACCAUGGCUUCGUACUAUGUCCCGCAGGGUCCGACGGCCAACGGCAUAUCGGACAUUGAGAGGGAGCUCGAGGAGCUUCGAGACAGCUACCGACAGGUGUGCGAGGAGCGGGACGCCUUAGAGGACCUUCUAUUGCAAGAGCAGCUGAAGAACGGCGCGCCUGCUGACAAGCAGCUAGAGGAGGCGAGGGCACAUGCAGCAGCAUUGGAGAUGGAGCUACAAUCCAUGGCCUCCCGCUGCGAGGAGUGGAAGCGGAGGGCGGGGGAGAGGGCGGCGGAGAUGCACCCAGCCAUGGUGCAGGCGCUGCUGGAGGAGCGCCUGGAGGAGCUCGACGAGUCGGGAGUGCUGGCCUUGCAGGUGGAGUGCGCUCGUCUGCGCGACGAGCUGGCCAAGUCCGAGGUGCUGCGGUUCGAGCUCUACCGCAGCCUGGCGCAGGGCGCAGUCGAAGUGGAGAGCAGGUGGGAGUCAGAGGCGUCGGGCAUGUCACCGCGGAGGGAAAGCAGCUUGGGCCGUAGGGAUGAGGAGAGGCAUAGUAAUGAUGGUGAUGCUGAGGAUGCAUCAGAGCGACGAACAACCCCUGUAACGAUGGAGUGUGACGAGUCGGUGGUGCAGGAGCUGCUGGAGCUGGGACAGGCGUCGCUGACGCAAGAGGAUGUCACGCGGCUGUCAGAGGCAGUCGAGGCGGCAGAAAGGCGGGCAGAGAAGGCAGAGAGGGAAGCAGAGCAACGGGCGGUGCAGGUGCAGCUGCUGGAAGCGAAGAUGGCUGCAAUGUUGAGCGACAGUCCCAUAGACGAGCACAAGCGAUCCCCUUCUCUCAUCUCCUCCUCCCCCAUCUCCUUUGGCCUCUCCCCCAUUGCCUCCUCCUCCUCGCCCGACCCCGCCUCCAUCACCCGCUCCAGCAGCAGCAACGCCUCCCAGCACGACCAGCAACACAGCCAACAGCACGGCCAGGAGGAAACUGUACAGUGCAGCCAGCAGCAACGGACAUUCCGGCAGAACCAACAACAACCAGGGGGUCAAAGCCAGGGCACAGGAGCACAGCCUGGUAUAGGAGGCGGCGAGAAAAGAGAGAACUCGGGAGCAGAAUUGGCAGGACCAGCACCAAGGGUCAAUGGUGUGAGCAGCAGAGGGGGCAAUGUGGUGGUGGCGGAGGGGCAUGAAUGGGUGGGUGCUGGAAUUGACGGGAAACAUCACGCAGCAUUCGAAAGAAGCACUCUAGGUGCGGUUGUGGAGCAACGGGGAGGGACAGAAGCAGGAGAGAAGGAAGAAGAGAUGGAAGAAGUGGAGGAGAAUGAGGUGGAGGAGUUGAGGCAGAUGGUGCAGAGCGUGCGGAGGCAGAACCGACUCACCCACGUGCUGCUGUCCGUGGUGUUUGCUGCCUCCAUCCCCCCUCUUCUAGGCAUGAUUCGCGGGCUCUUUGACGGGGGGCGACCGUACCAGCCUAAGAGGUCGGGCCAACCGCCGCAGGUGACACGGGUUUCCAUCAGGAGCUAGUAGCUGGUCAGGCAGCUGUAGUGGCAGCAGGGGCAUUAGUGGCAGCAUUAGCAGCAACAGCAACAGCAGCACCAGAAGCAGCACCAGAAGCACCAGAAGCACCAGCAGCAGCACCAGCAGCACCAGCCAGCAGGAACAGAGGCAGCGUAACAGGGCACAUUCCUAUGAGUGAGUCACACGUGACAAGUAGCUGUAUCAUCCUUAGUACGACCAUCCACAACCACCCACUGCUACUGCCACCAUGCACCAUCACCGCCUCAGCCAUUCAACACCCUUGAGCCCCACUUGGUUCUGAGGUGACUUCUGAAUCAACUUAAAAGUCGCUCGUUACAAUGUCACACACCACUGCUACUGCCACCAUGCACCAUCACCACCACUGCCUCCGCCAUUCACCACCCUCGAGCCCCACUCUUGGUUCCUCCUGCCAGCCAACGAGUUUGAUCGCAGCCGUGAAAUGAAAUUUGGUUUUGAGACGUCUCAAAACCAAUAUCAUUGCCACCACAUCCGUCAAGGAGGUUGACUGCAGCCGCAGCGGCGCCUUUCAUCUUUCUUUAAGAAUCACAACUCAACUGCCAACUCGUCCAACAACCAGCUCACGAGCUCUCUCUUCACAAUCGGUCACAAGGCUGAAUGUCACUCAUAUAACUUAUUCUUUGGUAGCAACACCAGCUGCAAAUCAACACCUGCCAACAACAGCACCACCGCCAUCAGCACCAUCAGCACCACCACCAUCAGCACCAUCACUAUCGCCAUUGACAAGCACCACCACCACCAACGCCACUAGGAGCAGCAGCUACCUGCAGCAGCAACAAACAGCAGCAACAGACAGCAACAGUACCAUGGACCAUGCACAUCCAUCCCUGUUGUAGCACUACAGAGUUUGCCAACAGAGAGAGAGAGAUACUUGUCUCUUUUCAUCCGCCAUACAGCCAUGCACCGGCUCCCAUCCCUCCUUCAUCCAGCCAUGUGCCCUGCUGUGCGCCCGCCAUAGUCACCCGCUUCUGUUGACGCAGCCGCCUGAGUUUGUCACCGCAGAAAUUGGAUUCGUUUCACCCCCAUCCUGCCAUGCACCAGCUCCCAUCCUUCCGCCAUGCAGCCAUGUUCCCUACUGUGAGACGGCCACGGAUGGACCACUCAGUAGCACUAAUUUAAAAGGCGUUAACGCAGGAAAUUUGGGUCCAUCUAAGCCCCAUCCUUCCACACGGAGCUUCCAUCUUUCCUGUAUGCAGAUAUCUACUGUGCUGUGAGCCUUCUACAGCAAUCAGCUAUGACCAGCUCCUUCCUUCCUGCAGAGUUCCUCGCUAGGGCAACAUGCUGCUGCGCCCUCCCAUCCGGAUUCCCGCAUAGCAGCACUAUUACAAGGUCCGUCAUGUUCCCAUCACAUUGUCUUGGUGCACUGCAGUGCAGAUCUUUUAGGGCUUCGUUACAAAGUGAAUCUCCACAAAUCAGAGGGCACGUCCUUCAAAUGUUUUGCAGUUUUGCACUACCACUUUCGCUUAGAUUACAUAUGUAGCUUGCAUUGUAGAACGCUUCCCUAUCUAUUGAUUUGUA